GAACGGUAAAUCAUACUCCUAGGCCCGGCUGCCGCUGGGGCAGAUGGGAGCUCUGCACCCGACCAAUCGACUGGCCGCGUUCGUCACCGGAAGGUUGCGCUCUGUAGCGAAGGCCCCUCAAAAGCCUCUCUCCUGCUCACCCAGGUUGAAGAAAACACCUGUGGGUGCUGGGCGCUUAAAGACAGCAGGCACUGCUGUUACUCCUUUAGGCAGUAGUAGUGUUACAUCUAUGUCUAUGGCCCAGAAAGUAUUCCAGACACCAGCAGGGAAGAACAAGCUUCCUCCCUACAAACCACCAUGGUCCCUAGGUGUCACCAAAUCUAAAGGAAAAACCUCCAAUAGUCAAACCACCACAGACCCUAAAGACCCAGCCGGCUCUCACCUGCUGCUGAUCCCCAUGGCCUCUCCUGCCCCAGGGACCUCCCCAGGCUCUCGUCCUGGUGUGGUGCUCCCUGCAGGGAAGAAGAUGCUACUACAGACAGUCGCUUCCUCCCAGGGCUGUAAAACGUAUCAUCAGACCAACGGACAGAUGAUGAAACCGGUACCUCUGAAUCAUCCCAGACCAUCCCAGACCUCAUCUUCCCGCAUCUCUCUGACCAGCUCCUCCUCCCUGAAGACCCCCAGCUACCUGGGCCAGAUUGGGACCUACUCCUUCAGGAUCUGUUCAUCUAUUGCCGGGGACCAGGGUACAUGGGGCCCAGGCCAGGGCACCAGGGAAGGCCCAGCUGGAGUGGCCCUGCCUCGGGGCUUCACCCUCAUCCAGCUCCCUAAACCUGGAGGUACUGGUGGUUCUCCCCGGCAACCCAAACUAAUCAGAACCACAGCCGUGGGUGAAGCGGUAGCAGCCAGAACUUCGCAGCAAGGAGGGCCUCAUCUGGAGACCCAAUCUUCCUCUGGACCUGCAGGUGGAAAGGCCCAGAAGAACCAGAAAGGAACCUCUUCUCCCUCACCUCUAGCCUUGAUAGAAAAUAAAACAGAGACUGUGCAAUCUGAAAAGCUCUCCUACACUCCAGAGUUAAAUACCAAUACACCUGACUCCAGAUUAGCGCUAGCCCAGAAGAGACAGUCUGACUCAGUCAAAGGGCCUUAAAUCUGACCUUAGAUCAGCCAAAGUAAACUACUCUAGUCCCACAGAGCCCAAUGAGCUGACCUGUGAGGUGGGGGGGAGGGGGAGCGACCAUGGAGCCCAGAAUCAUGUCAGAAAGACACAAAGUUAAGUCAGUUUAUGACUGAGAAUGCAUGAGAAUGGACAUCCUGAUUUUAAUGUUGAGGACUCGGAUCCGGGCGACUCGUCGGAUGACUCGGAUUCCGACAGUGAUGAAUAUGCCGAGGAAGAAGCGGUUGACAUUGAGACGGCGGAGGAGAGGAGACAGGGCAUCACCAUAACUCAGAUGAGGGCCACUGUCAAACACACACACAGUAAGACUAGAGUGUGUUUGUAUAGGUGCGUGUGUGUUUGGCUAUUUACAUUUAGCAGUAUGAUUUGCGUGAGACUGUCUCCACAGACAAAACAGUCAGGAUGGUGAAACGGCACCAAAGGAAACGGUAAGGCUUCUCCCAUCUGUUCAUUAUAACCGCAGAGCCAUCUUGUUUUGUAGAUUCAUAGCUGUCAUGAAUGGCAAAAAUAAAAUGCUUUAGAGGUCUCGGAAUACCCAAUAGAAUGCUCAAUGGCGCUUAACCUUUGGCCCCUGUGCCGUGCAGCGUCAGAGGGAAAAGAGAGAGAGGGAGGGGUCUGGCGAGGGAAGGGCUCGUAAGAACCGUACCCUGGCGAAGAGGUUGCGUCGCGGCGAGCACCAGAAACUCUUCACCAGACUCAAACAGGUGCUGUUCAUGGAAGAACUGGACCCCAAGGUCGCCAAGCUUCACCUCCUUUCACAAGAACCCCUGACACAAACAUCUCCUAGAAUAAACACACUUCCCCCCUGCUACUGGUCGGGUGCCCAGAACAGAAGACUGCUGUGCACCAAUGGGGGCUUCUACUCUGACUAGAGCGGGUCCGCCUCCAACCCUACGGGACCAUUCAGAAGGCGUCACGACAAGACUCUACCUACUUUAUUCUAUGUAUAAAAAUGAAUGUAACCUUUGUAUAAGUUCUCUUUUUCACCUGACUCCUUAUCAGGUUAUAUGAACUAGAUCCGUGCACGUAAAACUGCGGGACAAGAUAUCCUUUAACUCAUUAAAACUGCCUUUUGUUACAACUGAAAUCCACUCUGUCCAGCGCCCGUGAUUUGGUCUCGACUCUUCAGUAUUUAAUUACUAACACCUCUGAUUUUCUAAUUGGUUUGCAGGCUUGAUAAUUAUCGCAUACAAAAGAUAUUUAAACUCUGUCUUUCCAUCAGGCUCUGAAGGAGAUUCGUACCCCGUCAGUGGACUCUGAGUCUCUGGAGGAGAAGAAAAAAGGAUGCUGACUGAGAUCCAGUCUGUCUAUGUCAAGGAGAUUACAUUACAUUUCUGGGAAGCCAGAGGAGCUGAUCAAGGCCAAGCUGAAGGAGAUCUGGGAGAAGAAGAGAGCUCUGGCUGCCCAGAGCAGAGCAAAUGUGCCCUCUACCUCUAUCCAUAUCUCCUCCACCUGCCAGCUCUCAUCCACCGCCUUCACCCCUAGUCCCAACACCCUGACAGUUGUCUCGGGCUAGCUCUCUGGGUCAGGCAGGGGCAGCUAGGGGCUCUGUGAAACCAGUGGCUGCUGUUCUACGCACCGAAAGCGGCAAGAUCAUACUUCCUGCUUCCACACCAGCAGGCGGAGCAGUCUGCACAGUGACGGUUAUGAAGAGACCAUCAACAGCCACCUCCCUCUCCAACACCACCUCAGCAGCCAAGGAGGCUGUGGAGAAGGAGAGCGCUGAGGAAAAGGAGUGUACACACUGGAUUAUCCGCCCCUCUCGCUGACCCCUAGCCCACAGUGCUCUGCGUCUGCCACUGACCCUGAGAAGAAGGACCAGGGUAGAGUGUCUGGGGAGGCUGAACAGUCCUCAGACAGACCAGCAGAGGAGAGGCCAGAGAUAGGUAAGGAGGAACCACAGGCCCCUGUCUGUAAUGGAUCCAUGGGAAAAGAGACUUCCACAGAGAAGGACGACAUAUCAACUCCUACAGAGAAGUCCCUUAUCAAUAAAAACUUGAUCAAUAGGCUUUCUGCUAUGAAGUAUCCCCUUGUGGACAGCGCCUCCCUAAACAGUGCCAUCUGGAGGCCAUUGGAGAAACCGCUGGCGGUGGGUGAGCGUGAUCCAGGAGGCUGGGACCUGUCUCUGACCAAGGGAGAGGCAGCCGUACUGGUGAAGGCUCUCUCUGAACACGAGGGCAUAGUAGUGGGUCGGAAGGGAAAGGAUGGUAUGGUCACACCAAAGCGCAAGGAUAACCUGGUCCAACACAAUGGAAAGAAGAGCUCUGUGACACUGAAGGACAAUGGUAGCUGUCACACAGAAAAAAAGUGUAGCACAACGUCUCAGAAAGAAACUAACAACUUGGUCCCACAAAAAGAGGAUAGCUCGGGCCCACCAAAGGAAAAUUAUAGCUUGAUCACUCAAAGCAAAAGACGGCUUGGUGACAUCAAAGGAAAAUGAUUGCUUGCUGACACAGAAGGGAGGGGGAGGCUUGGCAGAUGGCUUGGAGGCUCCAACUGUGAAGAGAACACGACUGCCACGCUUGGACAUUUAAUCCCCACCAACUGAACAUAUCACUACUACCCCUGUGGCAACGACUGGGGGGUAGCUGGCCAACGUUACACAAGCCACGGGUAGUACCCGUACCCCAGUGUCUCGACCUGGGGGUAUUCUUGUGACUAACACUGGGGAUGGUGGCCCUGCCACUUGGGGUAGUCCUCCUAAAGUACGGAAACCUGGAGAUAGCCCUACCUGGCCCCUGGAACUCGGGCUGGUUAAGCCCUGCGGUGAAGACUGAUGGCAGCGCAGCCAAAACACCACGAGUAGAUAGCCCGGCCAGGACAACCCAAGCUGGGGUUAAUAGCUCUGCAGCAAUGACUAAAGGAAGCCCGAGUAAAACACCACAGGCUAUGGGUCGGCUUGGAACACAGCCUGUGACCCGCUCUGUCGGUGGGAAGAGGACAAUGAGGUCUGACAAGGCCUAGUGGAGCUGAGACUAAGGCUGCAUUUCCACACUGCCUCCAUUGGUGCAUCUCGAUACAUUGUGGCUCAGUUGGUAGAGCAUGGCGGUUGCAACGCCACGGUUGUGGGUUAGAUUCCCGCGGGGGACCAGUAUGAAAAUGUAUGCGCUCACUAUUGUAAAUCGCUCUGGAUAAAAGUGUCUGCUAAAUGACUAAAAUGUAAAAAUGUACAGUAGUUGUCUACCUCGUUUCCUCUCCCUUCAUUCCAAUGAUGAUGCAUUUCAGCCCAGUUCCAACCAGAGGAACAAGGGAAUCAUACUCAACACGUCACGUCAACAGAUGUGUCAUUAACUGUCAUUAAAGGCUGCACUCCGGUCCAGAAAUCCCAUUGAGACCGCCACAUGUGCCUGUUCACAAAUCCAAAGGACCCUGGACAGUUGUUUGUGUGAGUUAACCCUGUCUCAGCUUUAGUACUCAUUUGCCUGCCUGCCUGCCUACUUGUGAAUAGACAACAAAUCAGACAAUAAUUUACACCUACAGGACAGUCUUUUUUCAGAACAUCUCUAGUCAUUGAGCGAAACGUUAAAUGAAUUAACUGCAUGCAUGUAUUGAAGGUUUGGCUGCUGUUUGAGUAGUUGUACAUGGGACAUUAGCCCCAUGUUGGGGUGAAUGUGGGAUGUCCUACUUUUUUGGUGAAGUCAAUAUUGUUAUUAGUCAAAUCAAAUUGAUUUAUAUAGCCCUUCGUACAUCAGCUGAUAUCUCAAAGUGCUGUACAGAAACCCAGCCUAAAACCCCAAACAGCAAGCAAUGCAGGUGUAGAAGCACGGUGGCUAGGAAAAACUCCCUAGAAAGGCCAAAACCUAGGAAGAAACCUAGAGAGGAUCCAGGCUAUGUGGGGUGGCCAGUCCUCUUCUGGCUGUGCCGGGUUGAGAUUAUAACAGAACAUGGCCAAGAUGUUCAAAUGUUCAUAAGUGACCAGCAUGGUCCAAUAAUAAGGCAGGACAGUUGAAACUGGAGCAGCAGCACGGCCAGGUGGACGGGACAGCAAGGAGUCAUCAUGUCAGGUAGUCCUGGGGCAUGGUCCUAGGGCUCAGGUCCUCCGAGAGAAAGAAAGAGAGAAAGAGCGAAUUAGAGAGAGCACACUUAAAUUCACACAGGACACCGAAUAGGGCAGGAGAAGUACUCCAGAUAUAACAAACUGACCCUAGCCCCCCGACACAAACUACUGCAGCAUAAAUACUGGAGGCUGAGACAGGAGGGGUCAGGAGACACUGUGGCCCCAUCCGAGGACACCCCCGGACAGGGCCAAACAGGAAGGAUAUAACCCCACCCACUUUGCCAAAGCACAGCCCCCACGCCACUAGAGGGAUAUCUUCAACCACCAACUUACCAUCCUGAGACA